GCCCUCUGCCUUCCCAGUUCUCGUUCCUGAUGACGGAGGCGCUGCUGAUCUUCUCCCCGGAGACCUCGCUGCUGCGCUCCUUCUCCCGCAAGGUGCGGGUGCGGGCACACUGGGUGCUGCAGCUGCUCGCCCUGCUCUGCGCGCUCCUGGGGCUGGGAAUCAUCACCUACAACAAGCACCUGAACGGCAAGGGCCACUUCGUCACCUGGCACGGGCUGACGGGGCUGGUGGCCGUGCUGUACGCAGGGGGGCAGUGCGCCGGGGGCGUGCUCCUGCUCUACCCUAAGCUGAUGAAGAACUGGACGCUGGCCAAGCUCAAGCUGUACCACGCCACCUCCGGGCUGGUGGGAUACCUGCUGGGCUGUGCUAGCCUCAUGCUGGGCAUGUGCUCGCUCUGGUUCACCACGGCGGUGACCGGCGCCUCCUGGUACCUGGCCAUGCUGUGCCCCCUCCUCACCAGCCUGGUGAUCAUGAACCAGGUGAGCAACGCGUACCUGUACCGCAAGCGGAGCCAGCACUGAGGGCCUGGCGCACAACUGAACCCCCUGAGUGAGCUGGUGAGGCCGGGGCUCCCCCUCACAGCCCCCCCUGCUUGCACAGGGUCUCCUUGGAACUUUGUUUCUACUUCCUUGUCUCUUGUUGGUCCUGGAUUGUCCUUAGUGUCAGCUACAAUGUGUGUGUGACAUCCCCACCGGCCCCGAUGGGGACAUUUCCCAGCACAGGUGAAGCUGCUGGUCCCUGCAGCAGCUUGGUGCUCAGUGCUGGGAAAUGGAGGGUUCGCUCAGGAUUCCUGCUCCUUUCCCAUUCCCACACAAGGACUGCUUUCGAGCAGGCAGGACAGGAGUCAUCCUAGCGAGGAGGGCAGGGAAGUCCCCUCUCUCUCCUGGGAGGCCACAGUGGGCACCAGGCUGCCUCUCCUGCCACGGGGGCAGCUUGGCCAGGAAAGCACAGGGCACGGUUGUGGCUUUGGCCCUGGGAGGGCUGGGGCAGGGUGGUGGACCCG